AUGGCUAUGUCCAGGUCUGGAGCCCUGGAACUCACUGGCGCAGAAGUGGAUGCCAACGAUGCCGAUAGAGUUCCAGAGCCCAAUGCUGAGCCCGAUGUGAGAGACGAGGACACCGUACUGGCAGACAUCGACGGGAAUGGCGGAGGAACCUUAUCAAUUGUCGCAGAACACGAACUCUCCCAAAACGUCAACGUCUGCGCGCCAACAAAGUCGAACGUAGCUGCACCCUCUGUUGCGGCUAUGGAAAAAUCACGUUUGUCGAGCUCAAGGAAGAGAAGAGAUGUGACACGGACCCGAAUUCGUCCCCGUUUCGGUGGUAAGCGGCGGGAAUACAAUGUACCUGCGAUCGUGGUCGUCCGUAAGGACGAUAUGCAAGACUGA